AUGAGUUUAGAGAAUGCUAUUGUUCAGUGGCUUAAUAAAUAUUAAUAAUUGAAUAUUUAGUCGUUUGAGAGUUUGGCUGAUGGAUGUGCAUUUAGUUAAUUGUUGAAUUUAGUUGAUCCUACAUUCUUUUCUUUGGCGAGUGCUAAAAACUUAAAGAUUGAAAUUGAUGCUUAGAAGGUUCAAGGUCAUUUGAUCGAUAUGCUUUAAAAAGUUUAAUAAUAUCGAACGAAUAUUCAAUGCAAGCCACCUGAUUAUAUAGAAAUAGAUGUUUUCGAGAUUGCAGUAAAUUAAAAUAGGCAAUAAAUUUUGGCCUUAUUUGAACUGAUAAUGAAAGUUAUUCUAUCUUCGAACUUAAGAGGAAAAUUUAUUGAGCCUAUUUUAAUGUUAGAGGAGAAAGAUUAAGAAACUUUAAUGCAUUUUCUUAAAAAUCAACUAGAUGAAUCAGAGAAUCAAGUAAAUGAAUGGCAAGAGGAAAACUAUAUUCAAAGUCUGGUAUAAAAAAUGGAUGAAAUUGAAACUUAAAAUACAGAACUUAAAUAAUUAUUAAAUGAAUCUGAAGAGAAAUAAAAAACAUUAAAAAGUGCCCUGGAUGAUGCCUUGGUCUAAAUGGAGAACAAAGAAAUGGAAAUCAAGGCACUCACAGAAUCUAAAUGUCAUUUAGAAAAAUGUUUGGAGGAGAAGAUGGACUUUUAGCUUGAGUUUAAGGAAAGCGAGAAAAUACAUAAAAAAUGUUUGGAAUAAGAACACAAAUUGGCAUAAUAUGAAUUAAUUAUUGAAGAUUUGAAAAGGAAAGAAAUCUAAUUUAUUUAAUUAAAGGAAGAAUACUAGCAAAACAAAUAUAAAUUACAAGAGAAUGAAAAAUUAGAAUAAAAAAUUGAAAGCCUACAAGAAAGAAGAGAAUUGGACAAAGAUGUAUACUAAAAAGGUAAAGAAAGAUAUGAAAAAGAAAUGGCUACAUUAAAGUAAAAUAUUAAGGAGUUAUUAAUUUAAUAAUCAGAGUUGAAAGAAUCCAAAUUAAAUUUAGAAUUAGAGUUAUAAUAAAAUAAAGCUAGAUUGGAAAGAUCGUAGGAAUAGAUGAAAACUAUGGAAACUGAAUAUGGAUAAAAAAUUAGAGAACUUUAAGAUUUACUUGAGACUUUGCAUUAAACUGAAGAAGAAGAUAUGCCUAAAAUAACAAGUACCAAUAAUCAAUAAUUGGCUUAAGAAAUGAAGUUAUCAACGAAUGCCAAAAACGAAAAUUUCGAAAGAGACUACUAUAUAAAAGAAAAUCAUAAAAUGGAAGAAAAAAUAAAAGAGUUACAAGCAGAAAACAAUGAAGUGAAGAUGGAAUUGGAAAGUAAGAAUUAGAAAAGCAAAUUUGAAUCAUAACUUCAAUAAUCUUAAUAAAUUUCAUUUUUAACAGAUAAAAUUAAAUAAUUUUAAGAACAUAACUAAUAAUUAAAAAAAUAGAAUGAAGAGUUAAAAAAAUAGACUCAAAAUAAGAAGGUUUCUCAAAUUGACUAUGAGAUAAGUCUGCUUUCUUUGUUAUCAGAUGCUUUAGCAAAAAAGGUUAAAGACAGUAAGAGUUAAGAAAAAGAAUGA